UCUCUCCCUCCUUCCCAUAAUCAUUUCAAGCUUCGAAGUAAUUCAUUUUCAUCUAGAAUCUUUUCUCCCUCAAUCUUCUUACAAGCCAAUCUGUGUCACUCAAAGAUGUCCCUUCGUCAACUUCGCCCAGAACUUCCAGGUUGCGCCGGCCCUGCCUCGAUCCCCACCGAGAUAUUUUUUGCCAUCAUUGAGGCCUUCCUCACAGAUGCGAAAAGCUCUGCCCGGGCCAUCGAGUGGCGGCUAGAGUACGCAAAAGACGCUCCGUCGAACUUCCGCCUCGCUCUCACUGGCGACCUGGGUUACCCUGGACCGCUCAGCAUCCAUCGAUUCCGACACAUCUCUCUCCCUCUACAGAUUAACAACAAAUGCAGAGAGCUCACUAGUCGGGUCUUCAUACCUAUUCCCUCGCAGCAUUUUGUUUUUCUGGGAACUGACCCUGACAUCUUCGUCCUACCUCACGUUGAUCUAUUUCGGGUACCCAAAGUGGAAGAUUAUUACACUGAAAGCCUCCUCGAUUCAUUGAUAUAUCUCCCGACUUUUAAGGCCUACACUUUCAUGCAACGAAUCCGACGGUUUCAUAUUUUGGAAUUCAACAUGACUAUUCUCGAAGUUGUCGAGAAUCUGCCGCAACUGAAAGAAGUCAUCUUCAAUGGGAAAAGCCUCAUUGACACCAUCGAGAUGAAUGAUACCAAAUGCCUUCUCGGUAUGAUCCCUAUGGAUGCCGACAAUUUCCCCGGAUGGAGCGACUAUCAUCUUCCUCAAAAGACCAAGUUUGGGUCAUUUUGGAAUCCGUUCGGCUGUCGAAGCGUACGAGUAUACGGAAAAGUAUCAGACAGUCGACUCUCUACCUUUGAGGUUUACAAUACUUCGGAUGACCCUGAUGCGGAAAGUCCAAGUAUCAAGUUCCUAAAUCCCGAAUGCGCAUGCUCACAAUGCUGGUCGGCAAUAAAAGACGCAAACGAGAACAAACCCCGCCCCGUUGGCCCGGCUUCAUUGUCUUCUAGGAUAUUUAUGGCCAUCAUCGAUAUCCUCAUAUCAGAAGCUGUGCAGUCUGCUUGUCCCAUCUUCUGGGAAAGAACUUAUUUGAUUAGAAGCCCUAUCGGCCUAGGCGUCAGGGACUACGGAAGAAUGGCUCACGAAAUUCGAAGAAGAUAUGCAAGCUUCAGACUUCCCUCACAGAUCAACAGAAUGGGACAAAAAAUGGUUCGUCAAAGGUUAUUCCGAGCGGAUAUAUGCCAUUACAUGGGCAGUCAGGAUGUAGAGCCCGUCUACGGAUGGGCUUUGCCUGAAAUCGACGCUUUUUGCAUGGAAGACGAAUACUUUGAAGCAAAUCUGGAAAGCAUUCGACUCUUGCAGAAAGUGCAAAAUAUCAUGCUUCCACCCAGUGCGAAACCUGCUAGCAGCUACUUCAAGAAUCUGCCAAGCCAUUUCUGUACUGUUCUGUCGUUCCUACCAAACCUUAGGAAAGUAGUCUGUCGCCCCAAACCAUGGAGAUAUUGGAGUCGCCAUUUACCAUCGGCUGUACCCAGCCCUCGCCCGAGCGAGCCGGUAGAGAUUGACGACAAAAGAGAUCUCAACUUGCACCUCUUGACGUCAGAAUUUGAUGGCAGAUCUAUUUGGGAAUACCUCAAGAAAAAGAAAGUUCGAAUCUAUGUCGCGGAUGGCGGGGUUGGUGCAGAGAUCAUUCAGACGACCGAAGGCUUCAGGAUGAAAUACUUGACUCCAGAUGAGACCAGAGAUUGUAAAUUUUUGUCAGGGUGGAUGAUACUGUGAUGCCAACAGGAUAUUAGGAACGAUACUAGAUGAUUCUGUGUCACUGUGGCUGCAGAGCACGGAGUAAGUCCUUGGGACCACGGCGUCAUGAACAUCGUGGUGGGAAAGUUUCGGGCAACGAUGUUGUACUUUUGCAGAAUGCCUGACACAUAUCGAGGGGGCCAAGUUACUUAGUCUGGAAUAAAAUUGUCCUUGAUCACUUUUCUUUCUUCUCCUUUUUGCUAAGCAUAAACCAAAUGAAGAGUCCG